AUGCCGCUGGCCGGUGUUCUCUGUGAAAGCUCGUACGGCUGGAGAUUGCUUUAUUACAUUCAAGGACUGUUCACACUUCUACUUUUCAUCACAUUCUAUCAUUUCUUCGAGGAUUCACCGAUUAUCCACAGGAAUGUGAGCGAAAAAGAGUUGGCUCGAAUUCAACUUGACAAAAACAGUGCUGAUCUGUCAGCACGAGAACCGGUGCCGUACCUGCACGUGGUUCGAGACCCCUGCAUAAUCGGAGUUUGGCUCUCGAAUGUUGGAGCUCAUUUCGGAUUUCUCUCUUUUCUCUACUAUGGGCCAGUUUAUAUUAAUAAGGUGUUGCAUUUCCACGUAAAAUCUACCGGCUAUGCUACGGCACUACCGUAUGUGCUGUCUGCAGCUGUGAAGAUUAUCGCCGGUCCGAUUUCAGACCGAAGCACUUGCGUCUCGGAAAGAAUACGAGUCAUCAUAUUUGCAUGCAUAUCGCAGGGUUGUAUGGCUACUUGCUUCUUCAUGCUAGCUUUUGUGAGUUUCUUAUAA